AUGUCAGGAGAACGAUCUUCCACCCCGCUGGCGCAAUCUAAGGCCGCAGGGCCGGGGCAGCUUCCUCGCAGCCCUCUGACUCCAGAACAGAAACGGAGAAUGGAACUCAAUCGCAUCAAAGCUAAAGCUCUUCGGGAGCAGCGUGAAGCCGAACUAGCCCAAGCCGCUGCUAGCUCUUCCCAGCCCGCAACGGGCACCAAGCGCUCGUUCGCCUCGAUGGCAGCACCCAACCAGCCCGCUAAUAUGCGCGACGCCUCCUCUUCAAACCGCCCACUGGACUCUAUUAAGCCUGCUCGCAACUUCGCAAGCUACGUCGACUAUGAUUUUAGUAAGAUGACCGAUACGAAGGGUGGGUUCUUGACACAGGAGGAUGAUCCUUUCAACAAGCAAUUGCAUGUAGCAGACGGAAAGGAAGUGCAGAAACCAGCACAUAUGACGCAGAAGGAAUGGGAACGCCACCAGAUACUUCAAUCACUGAAACGGAAUCGGGAGGGACCCUUUGAGCCAGGUCUAAGUGUCCUCGAUGAUAAAAGCACACAGAAGACAUGCCGCGAAUGUGGCAGUCUCGAAAUUGACUGGAAAUGGGAAGAAGAACUAAAAUGUUGUAUCUGUCAUGCCUGCAAGGAGAAAUAUCCCGAGAAAUACAGCUUAUUGACCAAGACGGAAGCCAAAGAAGAUUAUCUCCUGACAGAUCGUGAGUACCUGGGACUCAUCCAAGAUCGAGCGUUGCUAAUUAUUUUGCGUUCAGCCGAACUUCGAGACGAAGAACUUCUCCCACGCCUUGAGCGUCCCAAUCCACACAAGUCUACGUGGAAUAGCAUGAUGUUAUAUCUGCGAUAUCAGAUUGAAGAGUAUGCGUUUUCUGAUAAGAAAUGGGGCUCAACGGAUGCGCUGGAUGCCGAAUUCGAGCGGCGGGAAAAUGACAAAAAACGGCGACGAGAAGCCAAAUUCAAAACCAAGCUGCAAGAUUUGAAGAAGCGCACCCGUGUGGAGGCCUACCGACGCAAUCGGCAAGGUGCUUCAGGAGGAGAGUUUGGUGACGAUCUAGGGUCUGGGCGGAAACAUGUUCAUCAAUGGGGCCGAUCUGUUGAGAACCCAGAAACCGGAGUUGGGAUCAAGGCGUGCGUAGACUGUGGGAUGGAGGUAGAAGAACUCGAGUUCUAG